AUGGCCGGGCUGUUCGAUAAGCAAGCAGAGAUAUACGCGGAUGCGAGGCCGACAUAUCCGAGGGAGUGGUACCAAAAGCUGGCUGCUCUCACCCCCCGCCAGGCCUUGGCUUGGGACGUUGGCACGGGCAAUGGUCAAGCUGCUCUUGGGGUCGCGGAACAUUAUCAGCAAGUGAUUGCCACGGACGUGAGCGAGUCGCAGCUAAAUUUUGCCAUCCCGCAUUCCCGGGUUCGGUACAUUCACACUCCGCCAUCCACCUCUGAUGAUGAAUUGUUAGCCAUGAUUGGUGGUGAGAACUCUAUUGACCUAAUCACUGUGGCUCAAGCCAUACAUUGGUUAGACCUCCCCAAAUUCUACUCCCUCGUGAACCGUGCCCUUCGCAAGCCGGGAGGUGUGAUUGCGGCUUGGGGAUAUCAAGCCAUCCAAGUCGGCCCUACCUUCGACCCGAUACUGGAAAAAUUCCUUGACGCGACGCUUCCGUAUUGGAAUCCUAACAUCAGGUACUUGUUCGACCAGUACAAGACGUUGCCGUUCCCUUUCGAGAGUGUCGGUUUGGGAUCCGAGGGGAACCCGGUGGCGCUCGACAUACCAAAGGAGGUUUCUUUUGAGGGAGUCCUGGGGAUCUUGAGGUCGUGGUCCGCGGUGACGACGGCGAAAGAACAGGGAGUGGAGUUGUUGAGUGCGGGGGCUGUUAGGGAAUUUGAGAGGGCUUGGGGUGGGACGAAGCUGGCGAGGAAUGUGGUCUAUAAAGCCUUUAUGCUUGCAGGGAAAGUGAAGUAAGUGAUGUUCCUUGUAUGAUUGGGAAGGGCAUGUUUGCAAAUUGCUUAAGUCCGAAGCGAAAAGCCUUUAAUGAUUCCGAAUUGAGUAUGUGAUAU